UCACGCAGAACGACACGCAGCAUCCGAACGGUAGCAUGACAGUCGGAUCUCCCGGUGCAAGUGCAGUGAUACAGUUUCUAUCGGACUGAUAGAACGGAUAGCGACUGAUUGUUGUUGUUGUUACUGUUGUUACUGUUGUGGUUGUUGUUCGUGCGUCGCUUCAGCGCGACUGCAACCUCGAUUGGCAGCCGCGCGAGUGUCGUGGCCGCGCCGUUCCACCCCGAGGACGAUGAUGCAGGAGCACAAGUCCUUCCUGAUCAGGGACCUCCUGGGGGACGUGUUGGCCGACCGAGUCCAAGAAGACUCGGAGGACGACUCAGCCGUCCACUCGGAUUCCGAGGACACCAUUGAUCCUGGCAGUAGUCCUUGCACGCGUCUAGGAAGUCCUCCCCCGGCGCUUUCGCCGUCGCCUGGUCUCGCGACCACAUCCGGAAAGUCCUGUAAUGUGACUAGCAGCGCACCGCCGACUGGCAGAAAACCGCGAAGACGACGUACCGCCUUUACUCAUGCCCAGCUCGCUUACCUCGAGAGAAAAUUUCGUUGCCAGAAGUAUCUGAGCGUGGCGGAUCGCAGUGACGUCGCCGAUGCCUUGUCGCUGUCGGAAACGCAGGUGAAGACCUGGUAUCAAAACAGAAGGACAAAGUGGAAACGGCAGAACCAACUGCGGCUGGAGCAGCUGCGCCAUCAGGCCACCGUCGAGAAGGAACUCCUGGUGCACGGUCUUCAUCACGGUAGCAUAGACGCUUAUUGCUCACCUUACAACGCACAAACGCAGACCAGUCAUCCUCCACCACCACCGCCGCCGCCAGCACCAUCCACCGCCUCGACGGCGGCGUUUCUCUCCACGGCGGCCGCGCUCUUCCGAAAUGUCACCUACGUACACGGUUGCCCCCUUUAACCCGCAGGAUUCCAAAGAUCUCGAGAUGACUUCUGGAUCAGCGCAACGGAAGAGAGACUCGGACGGACCAUUCGUGUCGUGAGUGUCACUACACCUUGAAGUGUUGUCACGGAGAUAUAUAUUUCCGAUGCAAAGUUAGCGUCAGGUUUGCAAAGAUAAACGAAGAUGACGGAGAUGGGCUAUUUUUCGUCGUGACCGAAAGAAAUCAUGCUGCGACUUCGUAAUAUAAAUCAAGAAUAUACAUUAGAAGCACGCGCCUGAUCGACGAUGAGCGAUUUACAUGAUUUAACGACAGAUUGAUCUCGUAGCUACUUUAGUGAUCUUAGAUUGAAUAAUAAUAGUAAUAAUAAUGUGCAACGCGCUCGACCACAUGUAAAUGAGCGCAUCACGCGCUAUUGAACUCUAGUUCUCAUUAAUUCAGUUGGCUAUCGUUACUCGCUGUCAACGAUCUGUCGAGUAUCUUUUAUGAAAUAUAGAAGAGGUUAUUGUAGAUAAAUAGAUAUUAUUAUCGAGAUACA